GAGAGAGAGAGAGAGAGAUAGAGGGAGAUAGAGAGAAAAGGGGUAGGAUCGUUGGUGUAGAGUGCGCAUGCGCAGAGAAUUUCCCGGGAAUCGGGUCUUUCCGGGUCUCCGACACGGAUUUCCCACUUUCGUUCGUCACUUGAGCGCCCGAGUCGGCGACGUGCGAGACACGGCAACAGGUGACGAAUAUUCGCGCCGGAGAGUUUAUUAUCAAGAGAGAGAGAGAGGGAGAGAGAGAGAGAGAGAGAGAGAGAACAUUUCAAUCUUCUCGAUAAUCGAUUCUUCUUACUCGCAAGAAAUUCAACGAUAAUUUCAUUUUUCGAGUAAAUUGUUCAUUCUCCUCGUUUAUUUCUUGAUAUUCUCUUGCUUUAAAAUUUCACGAAAAACGAACGAACGAACAGAAAGGAAAAGAAGAUUUUUGUUUGUUAAUUAAAUCAAUUUGAUCUAACGCAAAAUGAGUGUCGACGACGUGAUCAACUAUAAGCCUGACGAGGACGAGGAUCUUUACGCUCUUCUAUCCUGCGAUGAGUCAGCGACGGUCGAGCAAAUCAUAGCAGAAUACAAGGCAUUAGCCCUACAGUAUCAUCCUGAUAAAAAUGCCGGUGACAAGGAAGCCGAAGCAAAAUUUCAAAAACUUAAAAAUGCCAAAGAGAUUCUAUGCGACCCAGAAAAGAGGAGCAACUACGACAAGUGGCGGCAUAGCGGUAUUUCCAUUAGCUACAAGCAGUGGCUUGGCAUGAAGGAACACGUUCAUCAAUCGAUGCAUUGGAGUACACCAAAAACGAAGGACCGGAUGUUGCCGGAUGGAAGUACUGUUGGCGGUGGAGGGGGAGGUGCCGAGGGUUCACCAGGUCACGUGAAAGGUCAGGCCCCGAAUGCUCACAGAAGGGCCAGCGAGGGUGGGGCUAACAUUUACUAUGGUGCUCGGCGUGACAUCGAGUGGGACUCGCAGGCCUCGAGCGAGGUCGUCAACAAGUUUCGUAACUAUGAGAUCUAAAAUUUUGAGAUCUAUAGAAGGACGACGAUCGUUUAUGGAGGAUCCUUCCUUUUUCGUAUCGCACAGGAUCAAGCUCGAUCGUCACAUAAUUCUAAUUAUCUUUCUUGCUCUCUGUUUGACAAUGAAGAUGAUUCUUUCCAACAAUAACAACAACAAUACAUCUAUACGUAUACAAGGUGUUCUAUUUUAAUCGAUUAACGUUAUAUUCGUUGUAUGUAAAAUAAUCUUUAAUGGUGUUGGAAAGAAGUCGAUUAAUUAUUCUUUCUUUUUAUACUUUUUAAUUAUAAUUUUUCAAUUGACUUCAAUCGAAAGAAAAUCGAUUUAAAUGGGACACCCGUAAUAUACGAGAAAGGAGCGCCGUAUUACACGUACAUAUACAUAGACAAACACACUUAAACGUAUACAUACCUCCUUGUGCAUUUAUCGUUCAUCACUGUCCAACCAACAGCAGGAAAAUGGCUCGGAAGAUGAUACUAAGGACGUCUAAUUUUUUUUCUCCCAUAUCGAGAACAAUUUAUUUAUAUUACUGUUUUCUUUCUUUUUUCUCUUAUCUUUUUACUUUUUUUUUUAUUCUCUCAGGAAAAAUAAUCUUGAUAAUUUAAAUGUCUAAAAUAUAUUUUUUUUCUUCCAAGAGAAUUUGCUCCAGCAAAUCGUUUCUUCAAAAAGAAUGAUUAUCGUCAACCCUUGAGGGACAGAAAUAAAAAAAUAUUUCUUUGAAGGAUCUUUCUCUCUCUUUCUUUCUCUUUCUCUCUCUUUUUCUCUCUCACUCUCGCUUUCUAUCGCUCUCUUUCUCUCUCUCUCGCUUUCCCUCGCUUUCCCUCGUUUUCUCUCGUUCUCUCUCGUUCUCUCUGAAGUGAGAGAGAUGAGUCAUGUCGCGAGCUCAAGGAAAAUACGAGAGUACAACAACAGUACGGGGUUUAUGGUAUUUAGUUAUUAAUUUUUUUUGCUCGUCUAUUCGAACUUAUUUAAUGUUGAUCUCGCGUUAAUAAAUAAACGAAUUCAAUCCUUCUUUCCCCUAUGGAAAUUUCCUAAUAACACGAAUAGUUAUUAUUAUCAAAAAGAAGAAAGUUGUAUCGAGUUGAAAUAAGAGAGCGAGCGAUAAGGGUCGAUUGGUUGGACAGUGGUUUUGAUGUCGUGUCGAGAGAAUAAAUAAAUAAAUAAAUAAAUAAAUAAAUAAAUGAAUUAAUAAGUAAAUAAAUAAAAAAAAAGAGAUAUAAAGAAAAUAAAUGAAACGAAUGAAAAAAGAAAAAAAAAGAAGAAGAAUUAUAAAGUGUAAAAGAAAUUAUCGAUUCCACGUGCGGGGGAGUCGCGAGAUAAGAUUAAAUUUGUUGUUUCUACGGUAAGGCUCUCACUUCCCAAUGGAAUACUGAAAGAGUCUUGUCUUCCAAAAUAGUAGUGUGAAAAGGGGAUGGGUAUUGCGAGGAAGGGGAAGAAAGAAAAAAAAAGAAAUACCAGCAGAAAAGAAAAGAAAAGAAAAAAAAGAAUGAAAGAAAAAGAAAUGAGAUCGUUUUGACGUUCGAUAAACGUGCAGUUGUACGAAAUAAUAUAUGCGACAAUGCGCAAAUAAGAUUUUUGUUCUCUAUCCAAAAAAAAAGAAAAAUAAACAAAUAAAUACAAGAACGAAAACUCGGAGGAUGAAUCGAACUUGAGAAUUGUAUCUCUAUUUUCUUUUUUUUUUAUUCUUCUUUCGUACUCAAGAAAGACCAAACUUUUUAAAUCCAUUCCAUUGUGAAAUAGAGCGAAAAAGAGAAGCGCACUCGUACCUGUAUCUAAUGUCAAACGCAAGCAAAAUACUUACAUCGUUACUCCUCGUCACUUCCUAUUUCGAAAAAUGUUUUAUUCAUUUUACACCUCCCGUCAUCAUUUUUUGACAUUUUUCGAAUUUCACGUUUGUCGUUCAAUCUAAUAAAAAAAAAAAAAAAAAUGACACAUUUUUGGCUUCAUUAUUUGAUAGCUUAUAUUUUUUUUUUAUUUGUUUUUUUCUUGUUGUUUAUUUAUUUAUUUAUUCUAUCUUACGUCAUACGAGCACAAACAUGAACAGGGUUUUACGUUCUUGUCGUUACGCGAUGAUAUUGAAGUUGUUUUGAGAAAAUUUUCAAUGGUUUAUUCGAAAAUUUUCCAAUUCAUUUUAAUAUAUAUUUUUUUUAUAUGUAUAUAUAAUAUAUAAUAUAUACAAAACAUGCAGAUUACCAAAAACGUUAUUGUAAUGAUUAAACAAAAUUUGCACCUUUGGUUUCUCUCUCUUUCUCUCUGGAUUGAUCGAUCGAUGGAUGUUCGUUUCUUUGUUUUUAUCAUAGAAAUUAAAACAUGCCUAUCUAUAGCUGGUUCAAAUAACAAUUUAAUGGUCUAGUGGUCAAUUAAUAUACAUACACAUGUGUAUCGAUGUAUAUAUCUGUUAGUCAUUGUUCUAAAAAUUUCACUUUACUAUCAUUGCUGCAUACAUAUCAUUUUCAUUUUUUUUUUUUUAUUAAUUUCUUUUUACUUUAUCUUUACUCCUUUUUUUUGUAAUGACAUUCGAACUCUCCCGUGUGCAAACUGCAUAUAUCAUCAAUGUAUAAUGUCAUAAAAACAAAUAAGUUGUUCGAUGAAAAAGCAUAGCACGAUAACGAUAAUAGUUAUAAUAAUGAUAAUAAUAGCGACAGCCACUAUCGUCAUUGUUAUUGUCGUAAAGAUAAAAACCUAAUAACGUUAGACCUCGAAUUAAUUGCAAUUGUCGUUAAAAGUCAUUUUUCUUUUGAACGAUUUUUAUUCCUUCUCCUCAUCUAUUAUCUGUUCCUGAUCUAGAAAAUCCAUAAAUAUGGGUUUUUAUUUAUGUCUAUAUGUUUCUUAAAGGAUACCAGGACAGCAGCAUAAUGUUGAGAUAACAAAGAAUUUAAGGACCACGUAGAUAGUGUUCGUUCUUAUUGACGCGUAAAAAAAAAGAAUAAAAGAGCAAAUUGAUUGCAUAGAAAUUUUAUAAAAGAUUUAAGAUUGAUACAAGAGGUAGAAGAGGAAAAAGGGAAAAACAAAGAAAUUGGAAGAAGAAGAAGGAGAAAAAAAGAAAGAAAGAAGAGUUAGUUGAUAAUAAUAACUCAAAUCUAGUAUGCAAAAGCUGAAAGUUUCAUUGGCAUUUUAUCAAAUAAGAUCGGCCACACUUUUGCCUGCGUAGUUUUUAAAUGAGAAAUUCUUGGACCAUCCUGUACGUGUAUGCGCAUAUACCUGUAUACCUAUAUUUUUCUAUCACGGAUUCGUCUGUGACUAUGUCUACGAUGCUUCAUUGAGUAUUAUCGUCGUUAAUAUCGUCGACUAUUUAUUAUUUUCUAUGUAAUAUUGAUUUAUAGUCAGAUGUGCUCUCGGAAAAAGACAUUGAUAGAUUUAAUUUAUAAAAAAAAAAAAAAACUUAAUCAAAAUUAAUAAUUAUCAUUAUGGGUGAUAAAUCCAAUAAGUAACACAUAUGUUCCUAAUUUCUUAAGUUAUUCCUUCCUUUCAAUUGCUAACCUGUAAAAUUUUGACCAAAUACAAGUCCGAGUGUUAAUAAUGUUAUGUAAAUUCUAAGAGUAUAUACAUACAUAUAUAUAUAUAUAUGUAUGUAUGGUGUGUGUGUGUGUGUGUUCAUGAAUUUUCCGAGGCACGAGGUUUCGUUAUGUAAAUUAUUAUGUAAAAAUUAUGUAUUCGUCACGCGCUGGUCGACGUGACGACGUGUACUCGCACCAUUAAAGAUUCAAUAAAUGUGUUUAAUUAUGAAAA